AUUGUUGUUCGUCAUGAUGAUAUCAACUUUUAAAUGAAUUUUAAAUGGUCGUUUCUUUGUUGCAAAGAAUUUAAAGAUUACAUAACCAAAAGUGCCCAUAGAUGGCGAUGUAAUUAGAAUAUCAGACAGAGAGAAAAAGAGAAAAAAAGUAAGAGUAAAAGUAAGAGAAUCUUUUAAACUUGUGCACUUUCAGUUCUCUUUGGUUCUUACAUUUUCACUUCUUCUUCUAUUGUUUUCAUUGUUUAUGUGAUUAAUUAAUUCUAAUUAAAAUGCGACUUUAUUUUUUCUGGGUGGUUAUUGGUGUUUUUAGUUCUACUUCCUUAGCAGUUGAUCGUGAAAUUUCUCUGGAUGAUCCAUUAGAAUCUGGGUCUUUUACAAUUUUUAGCGAUUCCUCUAAUUGUAGUGGAAGUUAUGUUUGGAACAUUGUUCCUGUGGCUAAUCUAACUUCUAAUUUUGUAAAAUCAUUGGUAAUUUCUAAUUUGGCUUUGGAAGAUGGAGGUUCAUUUGUCUUGAAAUCAGAUGCUCCUAAUGGAAAUGUAUUUACUGUCGUUGGAGAAGGAACCGCGACCUUGCCUAUACUUUAUCUGGGCACUAAUGCUACUCACAUUCUCAAUUAUACCAGGGGUAAAAUUUGCUCCAAUUACUCUAGAACUUUACUCCAAGCAUCUUGGUCAAAAGUCACUAACGAUGCUUGUGCUCCUGUUGAAGUAACUGGUAAACAGUUUUUCAAAUCUUACAAUUAUCCAAACAACUAUCCAUUAAAAGAGGACGAUGGUAACACCCAAUGCCGAAGUGUUAGCUCACAGACAGCUUUUAUCUAUGUAACUUUCCAUGAUUUGGAUCUUGCUGAAGAUCAUCGUUUGGAAUUUGCUGAUAAGAAGGCUCCAGUCGUUCUCACUUCAUCAAACAUCCCUGGAGAUGCUAUUGUAUCAAAUAAAACUGUGAUUAACUUCUUGCGUUCUUUUAACCCCCAAAAAAACACCGUCAGAAACAUAACUUACAAAUUAAGCGGACGUGGAUUCAACAUGGAACUCGAGGCUUUGGACUGCGGAGGUAAAAUUGAUGAUAAACCCACUUUCCAACUUGCUCUCAACGCAACAGAAAAAUCCCAAAAAUGUAUGUGGAUCAUCCGUACACCAGUGGAUAAAGAUCCAACUAUCCUUAAGGUUUUCAACUUCACCCUCUCCAAUGGCCUUGACAAUGUCAUCAUCUAUGACUCAGACACCAUUAAGAAUGAUAAACGUUUGAUUAACAUAUCUGGAGCUGAUUAUUACAACUCGACCUCUGAAACAAUUAUUGUCCAAUACACAUCAUCCAAUACUUCAGCUUAUUUAAAUUGGUCAACAAUAAUUUGUCCCGAUAAAUGUUUAAAUGGUCGUCGUUGUAUUAACCCAUCUCAACGUUGUAAUAAUGUAAAUGAUUGUGGCGAUUGGUCCGAUGAACUUCAUUGCAAUGGUACAAUCCCAGUUCCACCACCUAAAAUAGAACCAGCUAGUGGAGUUCCUGGUCUUGUUGUGGUAUUUGUUAUCAUCCCAAUCUCAUUAAUCAUUGGCAUCUUGGGAACCAUUUUCCUCCCUCGUCUUGUUGCCCGAAUCCGAGACAGACGUUACCAAGAAUUCAGAGAAUAUUCUGAUGUUUCAUAGCAAACAUUCUAAUGAAGAGAAAAAGAGGAAAAAAUACCAAAAAGAAAAAAAAAUAACGAAUAGUUGAUUUGAUAGCAACGUUCAGCGAUUUUCACUUUUGAA